GUGCUGCCUGCGGUUGGUCAGUGGCCGCUCGGACUAGUGGGCUGUGCUCAGGCUCAGUGCUCCGUGCUCAGCGCUCAGUUGUGUGCUGCGCGCUGCGGGAGACGCACGCGUCAUGUGGCUCGCCGCGCUCGUGCUGCUGACCGCGCUGCUCGCAGAGAGUCACAAGAACGGGCGCUAUCCUCCGAGCAGCCGAGUGCUCAGAGCUUUGGGCAAAUCUGAUCAGCAAGCGGGCUGCGUGUACGAGGGCCGAUGGCACGCGGCGGGCGCGGCGGUGCGCACGCGCGAGCCGUGCCUGGCGUGCGUCUGCUCGCGGGGCGCGCUGUCGUGCCGCCGCCGCUCGUGCGCGCCGCUGCCCGCGCCGCCGCCGCGCUGCCACGUCAUACACCAGCGCGGGGAGUGCUGCCCGGAACUGCGCUGCCCUGAUGGCGUAAAACAUCAACACGAAGCAUCAGCUAGAAGUGACGACACCGACGUAGACACGGUCACAUCGCUUAGCCACGUUUUCCCAGCGUGCGUGUCGGGCGGCACGGUGUACGCGGCGGGGUCGGCCAUGGGCUCCAGCACCGCGUGCGAGCAGUGCUUCUGCCUGGGCGGCGCGCGGCGCUGCGUGCGGCCGCGCUGCCUGCCGCCGCCGCCCGGCUGCACCGCGCGCCCCGCGCCCGGCGCCUGCUGCCCGCAGCGCUACCACUGCGAGCGUCUGCAGCCGCUGCACGAGCAGCAUUCACACGAUUGCGUAACACCUGAGGGUACGUGGGCACUGGAAGGAGAGCGGGUCCGAUCAGCCGAGGUAGGCUUGAAAUGCCUACAGUGCUUCUGUCUCCGCGGGUCCGUCCGAUGCCAGCACCUGUCCUGUGCUCCAACGCUACAAGGCUGCACGCCGUUGGUGCAAGCUGAACAAUGCUGUCCUCUCCAGUACCAAUGCGACAGAAACAAUAACAGUACAAAAUUAAGUUUGCAAUCACAGCGCCAAAACAUAUUGAUGUCUUUAAGGGAUGAGGACCGAUCGUUCCACACAUCGAAAUCAGCAAAACGUGAAACUACAAUUAAAGAUCAAACUACCGUUACAGACAAAAGUACAGCAGCCGUUACUAAAAAAGAUUUAGGAACUACGUCAAAGGUAAAACGAGACACUGUAGAUCCAUUUAAUACUAGCGUCAGCCUAAGAGACGAUAAAACUGCAACCACAGUACUAACAACUCAAAAAUUAAAUGAAGUAACACCAACAUUACCGGUUGACACUACAACGCUACCUUCGGAAGAGUUUUCUACCGAGCAACCUGCGGGGUCAGUCAAAGUUAUAAUUAACGGGACAAUAAACUGCACUACAGAAUUAUCUUCUACAUCGUUGCUUUUGAAUGUCUCAAACACAAGCGAUACUGUAUGGAUUGACAGUCAGACUCAACCAAGGAUACCGCUUAUCAAUAUCAUGGAUAUCGAAAGUCAGACGUUUCCACCCAACGAAAUAAUAACUGAAGGAAGUUAUAAAGAAGAUUACGAUGACAAUGAAACGUUUACCAUCAAUGUCACAAGUUCACUAAACACCAAUACAAGCCAUUCAACAACAACGACCGUGAAACCUACGCCUGCCGUUCCGAAAACUGUCCCACCUGCACUUCUGGGGAAAGUAAAUGUCUCAAAAACAAAAAAGGAUGAAUACGAUUACGACUACACGGAACCUACGCUACCUCCAUCCCUGCCAAAUUUAAAAAUUAUUCCUUUUGUAGCCGCUGACGCAGUUGUAGAAGACGAUGUGUCAUCAAAAGAGAGCCUCGAUUACUCUGUAUUAGAUAGAGAAGAUAAGUUUCCAGUUUAUUUUCCAAGUAAAGAACCUAAAGACACAAUGUAUGAAACACGUAAAACAGAGGUAUACAACCCUACACAAUAUCCAGUUUUCAUAUCUAAAAAAGUUGAAUCUCAAUUUCCUACGGCUCAAGAAACGGAUAAUGUGAAUAAAUCUUAUCCAAGCAUUACAAAUGAAAUGCCGGCUCCUGUUCAAGAAUACACAGUCACUGCUUCGCUGGGGAAUUCGGCUAAGAUAAAUUACAAAGGAGAAAACCAACCCUCUGCUGCAGAAUCACAUUAUGAAGUGGAACCUCCGGCAGUUAAUUUGUUUUCGCCACCAGUAGAAACAGAAGGUGGAUUUGUGCCAAAAGGUCCUGGAAUUAUCGACGAUUAUUAUUCUUUAUAUACCAGUACGCCACCGGGAAAUGUUAUGCCUCAUUUGACAACAUCAAUGCAGCUGGAGCCAAAAGAUGAAUGUAUCUCUAGCGAUGGUAGACAUGUUUCCGAUGGCGAAGCUAUAUCUAUAUCCUGUUCAAUAUGUACUUGUGCGUGGGGGGAAUUGCACUGUUCUCCGCGGCCGUGCCAUACGCCGGCAGGAUGCCAAAGAAAAGCUGCCACUAAAAGUACAACGGAUUUAUGUUGUGGGGAACUAAUUUGCGAUAAAUUGAAUAAGACAACAUCUAUGCCAUUAUUGAUAACACAAUAUAUAGAAGACAAACUGAAUAAAACCGAAUCAACAAACAAGUAUGAUAAAGUGUCAUUCACUUAUGAGGUUAGUACAAAUACACCACAAGGUACCACAAAUAACGAUACAAUUGCUUUAGUAUCAAAUAACUCAGAAAGUAAUGACAGAUUCAAAGCUAUGGCACCGGUAACCACAGCUGUUACUUCUAUUUCUACUGAGAAUACGUACAUAACGUCAACUAAAGCUUCUACGAGUACAAGUGGAGUUUUAGAAAACAAUAACCAAUCUCAAGAGUACGACGAGGAAGAUGAUGAUGAAGGAUUUUCUUUGGGAAGCGUUUUAAAGCUCUUGCUUAGUGAAACAUAUGAUACGACAACUGCAGCACCGAAAAAUAAAUUAUCAACAUUGUUCACAAGCACGUCGCCUAAAACAACCAGAACUACAGCAAAAAGAAAACAGUUUAUUACAUCUGAUAAUGGCUUUGUUCCCGUGACUCACCGAUCUCCUUACGUGCCGCCAAAAAAACUGUAUCCCCAUAAUACAAUAAACAGAAUUGAUCAUCUCGUGCUUGGAGAGUCAAACGCUAUAAAAAAGUCAACACCGAAGCCUACUUUUAUACCUGUAACCCAAACUACAACAAAACUAAUAGCUAGUACUAAAAUUACACAGAAGCCCUCUACCACUACUGCUAAGACUGUAGAGAUUUCCAGUAAAGAAGGCUUUGGAGGACAUCCUGUGGAGGUGCGCCCUCCUAUGCCUAAUUUUAUACCCGGUUUCGGAUUAGGUUUACCUAAGCUCGCUGGCUGCAACAUCUACGGCAGAAUGUAUCGCGUCGGCCGAAUUAUCGCCGAACUGUCGUCCCCGUGCCAAGAGUGUAAAUGUACCGAACUGGGGGUUCAGUGCCGGUCACUAAGCUGCUAAAACUGAAAGUUAAAUACUGACGUUCAACGAUUAGUGAUAAUUUAUGUACAGACUAAAUACGUAUUAGACAAUUUAGUAAGAUGGAACCACAAAGUUCUCAAACAGAUAGGUAAAUUUAUUUUUGUACAGUGUGUGAUUGUGUGAGUUGCUAGAAGGUAUGGAUAUAGUUACAUUAGGUAGACUAAGCUUAAUUUUAUGUAUUUAAACUAUGUUUCCUUAAACUAACAGUAAUCAGCCGUCGGCUUUGAUCUCAGAUAGUAAUAUUUUGCAAUACCAAUAUUAUAUUUUUUACUUUUAUCCAACGCUUGCCAAAACAGCAUAAGCAAUAUGUAUACAUACAUUUUAUUUGCGUGAAAUAAAACUGAUUUGAAAUUGA